AUGUACGGGAUCAAGGCGUCAAAGCUACUUGGUUUUGCCGAACCCGUAGAAAAAAUUCUAGCUCCGUCCGUGAUUAUCAGCGCUAAGGAGAAAAUCCCUUUAGAGAUUGAUCCAGAAAAUGUUAUCAUUAACAGAAGCGGAGAAGUUAAGCCAAAUCUGCAUGGCUCGGCCGAACCCCUAGACGGAGCUCUAGCUCGGUCCGUGAUCAUUAGCUUUGAAGAGAAAAGUCCCUUCAACAUUGAGAAAGAAACUACACAAGCUACCAAUGCAAAUCAGGUCAAAGAGAAGAGAAAAAGAAGAAAGAGGAAAUCUAAAAAUGGCGAUGAAGAUCCUUGGUUGCCUGCUGGAUGGAAAAUGAUUGAAAAAUAUCGCAAAAAGGGUAAACUUGCAGGCUAUGUUUAUAAGACUUAUAAGGCACCAGGUGUACGAAAAUCUUUUCGAUCAAAAAAACAAGCUCUUGAGCAUAUUAAGAACCAAAAACUAGAUGGAGUUGACAGUUUCAGGGGUGAUAAAAGUUUGGAAGAUAAUGUACGAGAGGCUCAAACUGGUGAGACUUUUAAUAAGCUAGCAUUCCUGAAACUUUAG